AUGGGAAAGAAACCAGUUGCUAUAUCAGUUAACACUCUCAGGAAAAAUGCAAAUAUUGCUGGUUCAGCAUCACAGAAAUGGUGCUUGCUUCGUGUACUUGCAUUCAUAAUUGGACCAUUUGUCCCAGAGGGAAAUGACAUUUGGGAACUGUUGGGAAUUGUUGAAAUUCGGAGAAUGAGAUCUUCACCUGAUAUUGAGGCCUGUGAUGUGCCUUCUCUAUCCAAGUGGCCUUCACCUUACCAAGUACCUGUAUUACCACAUGAUGUGGAAGGUCUCUUGAAACAGGAGGACAAGUCAGUGUUGUCAAGACGGUAUUAUCGUAAGAUUAUACAAAGUUUAUUUGAAGACAUGAUACAAUACACUCUAUAUCCAACAACAGCUCAGUAUACUGAGGUAGCCAGAGCACUAGUGACCAAGUUUAAAAUCUUAAAAGAUAAAUCUGGAAAUUCAACAGGACAUGAUACAUGGAGAGAAUCACUGAAAAAUAAGUUUAAACAUGAAAGGGCACCGCUGAUCCACAAUGAAGAUGUUCUGAAAAGGAAAAAAAUAUUUGGCCACAGUAAAAAAGCAGCUGUUAAAGAUGAUGAAGAACGCACUGUAAAGUAUGUCAAGCUUGAUGUCAUUAAGGAAAGUACGUCAGGAGAAGACCAAGCCAGCAUAAGCAAGCAUGUAACGGAUUUAAUGGACCUUUCAAAGAAGCGAAACCCAGACCAAAAUAUUCUCAAUGAUAAGCUAGAACGAACAAAGAAAUAUCGUUUGAAAUAUAUUGCGGAACACUCAGUAAAAGAUGCGUUGGAGAAAUUUCCGUUUCUCCAACUAGAAAAUGAGAUUAUUAAAGAAGUGGAAAGGUGCUAUGGUAGUCGCAACAUCCACUCCCAUUUAAGAGCUACAAUGAGUACUUUCAUUGAUAACAUCAUUCAAUUGAUGAACUAUUGGAUGCAUACAGAAGAGAGAUUGCUGACUGCACUGAAGAAAAGGAGAAAAAAGGAUCCUGUGUCACUGACACCUUGUCUGGUAUUACAUGGAAAUAUAUUCCAUACGGAAGAUUGUGUAGUAAUGCUAGAUGGCAUUAGAGUUUGUAGACCUGCCAAUGUUGCCAUGGGAAUGGCCAUCAUGUUUUGUUGCUUUUAUAUUUAUGGCGUUGAAUAUCCCAAGGCAGCAAAAAAUAGUCUCAUUUACUUUCAACAGUAUAUUGCUGCAUUGGGCAGAGAUUCGCAAACACCUGUAAAGGUACAGAGGUUGAUCAAGAUGACCAGUCCUCGUAAACGGAAAAAUAUUGUCAUAACUGAAGAAAAUUUUGAAAUCCUUAAGUCUUUCUGGACAAGAGGUAUGACAGGAUAUGGAGACGAAGCAAAGAAGAAGCUCCUACAUCAAGCUGUUGAAGAAACAGGCUUGCAAGAGGUACAAGUUAAAGAGAACAACUUACAUGGAGCUUAUCAGUAUCUUAUUCUUUAUUUGGAAGCUACACUUUUACAACAGUAG